AUGGCUGACAAUGCUGCGGAGGUGAAGCAGAAACCUCAAGGUGAGGUGAAACCAGAUGAGGGUCAGAGCCAGGCCGCGGAGAAGAGCGAGAAGAAGGCGGAGCUGAAGCCCGAUGAGGCGAAGAAGCUGAUCGAGUUCAUGGCGAAGAAGUACGACGAGCACGUGGCGAAGGUGGACUCGUUCGACGACUUCUACCACGCCAUCUACGAGCUCAUCCAGAAGUUCUGCGAGGAGCGCGGGCAGGUGCAGUACAGGAUCCCGCCCAGGGAGAAGCUGCAGGAGGUGUACAAGAAGCACCACACGUCCGGGGGCGAGGUGAAGCGGGAGGAGUUCGCGAAGAUGAGCGGGGAGCUGGUGAAGCGGGACAGCUUCAGCUUCGGCAAGGCGACCACGGAGCUGCUCAUGUUCCUGUUCGGCGCGCCCAUGUGCGCGCUGGUGGCCAAGCGGGUCCUGCCGGGGCUGGGCUGGGUCUCCGACGACACCGUCAUCCCGCUCGCCACCUCCGGCGCCGUCGCCUACCUCGUCCACUCCAAGAAGCUCUGA